UAGGACUAGUACUGUCACUGCACAAACACACCCAAACUCUCUCAAAACACUUGUAUGUUCCCUUUCUUUUUCAUCAUCAUCUAACGGUUCGUCCUCGUCGUUGAUAUCUAUCUAGCUUCCACACCCAAAUGAUAUUCCUCCCAAUCACCACAUUUAUAUACUUCUCACCACCUUCCUCUUCUUUAACACAACUUCACCAACAAAAAAUUAUCAAACACUUAUAACCAUUCCCCUCUCUCUCUCUCUCUCUCUCUAAGAUAUAUUUUACCACGAUGGCUUCAAAAUAUUCUACUCUCUUGAUCAUUUUCAUUCUCUCAUUUCUGUUGUCUAACUUGAUCUAUCCUUCCGAUCAAUAUUUGCUAACUGGACACAACCAAACUGAGUACUUCGUCCUCAUGAAGAAAUCCCUCUCCGGCAACGCCAUAUCCGAGUGGGACGUGAUCAACAAGCCUAUCUGCAACCUCACUGGGGUGGCCUGCGAUGACGGAGGCCUCGUCGUCAGGCUCGACCUCGUCGGUUGGUCUCUAUCCGGCCACUUCCCACCCGACAUCUGCGCCUACUUACCGGCGUUGCGCGUUCUCCGCCUCGGCCGGAACCGCCUCCUUGGCGAGUUCCCUAACGGCGUCACCAAUUGCUCUGUCCUGGAAGAGCUCAACCUCAGCUUCCUCUACCUAGGCGGGACGCUCCCGGACCUGUCGGCGAUGAAGUCGCUUAGAAUCCUCGACCUAUCGUACAAUCUCUUUAGGGGAAACUUCCCCAUCUCCGUCACCAACCUCUCCAACCUCGAAGUCCUCAACUUCAACGAGAACGGGAACUUCAAUCUCUGGAAGCUUCCAGAGAACAUAUCAGGCCUGACCAAGCUCAAAUCAAUGUUGCUAAUGACCUGCAUGGUGUACGGACACAUCCCGAGAUCUAUUGGAAACAUGACUUCCCUCGUUGAUCUCGAACUAAGCGGGAAUUUUCUGGUGGGUCGAAUUCCAUCCGAGCUCGGACUUCUGAAGAACGUGAGACAGCUUGAGCUUUACUACAAUCAGCUCGUGGGAGAAAUUCCUCACGAGCUCGGAAACAUGACGGCGUUGAUUGACCUUGACAUGUCGGUCAACCGAUUGAAUGGGGCGAUCCCCGAAACGAUAUGUCGUUUGCCGAACCUACAGGUUCUCCAGCUCUACAACAACAGCUUGACGGGGGAAAUCCCGACCGCCAUCGAGGAGUCGACGACGCUGAGCAUGCUUUCGCUCUACGACAACUUUCUGACGGGACAAGUGCCGAGAAAUCUUGGCCAGUUCUCCCCCAUGUUAGUCCUCGAUUUGUCCGAGAAUAAUCUGUCGGGUCCUUUACCCUCCGACGUUUGUAAAGGAGGAAGGUUAUUGUACUUUCUCGUCCUGGACAAUUCCUUCUCGGGAGAAUUGCCUCAGAGUUAUGGGAAAUGUCAGUCUCUCUUAAGAUUCCGGGUUAGUAAUAACCAUCUAGAGGGCUCAAUUCCCGAGGGACUUCUUGGUCUUUCUCAUGUCUCGAUUAUCGAUCUGGGUUACAACAAUUUAAGCGGUCCGAUUGGUGAUUCCAUUGGGAGAGCGAGAAACUUGUCGGAGCUGUUCAUUCAGAGCAAUAGAAUUUCAGGAGUUUUGCCGUCUGCAAUCUCUAGAGCGACCAAUUUGGUGAAGAUUGAUCUGAGCAAUAAUCUCAUAUCGGGCCCAAUACCUUCCGAGAUUGGGAACCUGAAGAAGCUGAACUUGCUUCUUCUGCAAGGCAACAGGUUGAAUUCGUCAAUUCCGGUAUCUCUAUCUUGGUUGAAAUCCCUGAACGUUCUCGAUCUUUCUAAAAAUCUCCUUACCGGAAACAUCCCGGAGAGCCUCUGUGAUCUGUUGCCAAAUUCGAUCAACUUCACCAACAACAUGCUCUCCGGCCCCAUACCUCUGUGUUUGAUCAAAGGAGGGUUGGUGGAGAGCUUUUCAAAGAACCCAAACCUCUGCGUGUCGCCGGACGUCAAAGCCUCGGACAAAAAUAAUAAUUUCCCGGUGUGUUCGAAACCUUACAAUUAUCCGAAGAAGCUGAACUCGGUUUGGGCUAUCGCCAUCUCGCUGGUGAUCAUCCUCGUCGGAGCAGUCCUUUUUCUAAAACGUCGGUUCGGUAAGGAUCAAAAGAAAGUGGUCGAACACGACGAGACUCUCUCGUCCUACUUCUCCUACGAAAUGAAGAGCUUCCAUCGGAUAAGCUUGGACCCGCGGGAGAUCAUUGAGGCCAUGGUGGACAAGAACAUCGUCGGGCAUGGCGGGUCGGGGACGGUGUACAAGAUCGAGCUGAACAACAAGGAAGUGGUGGCGGUGAAGAGGCUGUGGAGCAAAGAGUUUGGGAAAGAUCAUUUGUGCUCGGAUCACGAUGAUCAGCUGGCGUUGGACAAGGAAUUAAAGACGGAGGUGGAGACUUUGGGAAGUAUAAGGCACAAGAACAUCGUCAAAUUGUACAGUUACUUCUCGAGUUCGGAUUGUAGUCUUCUGGUUUAUGAGUAUAUGCCGAAUGGGAAUCUGUGGGACGCUCUUCACAAAGGAUGGGUUCAUUUGGAUUGGCCUACGAGGCACCAGAUUGCUUUGGGGAUAGCUCAGGGAUUGGCUUAUCUCCACAAUGAUCUUCUUCGUCCCAUCAUUCAUAGAGAUAUCAAGUCUACUAAUAUACUUCUUGACGUGAAUUACCAGCCCAAGGUUGCAGAUUUUGGCAUCGCUAAGGUUUUGCAAGCUCGAGGAGGGAAAGAUUCUACCACCACUGUUAUUGCCGGCACAUAUGGUUAUUUGGCUCCUGAAUAUGCAUAUUCAUCGAAAGCAACAACAAAGUGCGAUGUUUACAGCUUCGGAGUGGUUCUAAUGGAGCUGAUAACCGGAAAGAAGCCGGUGGAAGCGGAGUUCGGAGAGAACAAGAACAUCAUUUACUGGGUCUCCAACAAAGUGGACACAAGAGAAGGAGCCAUGGAGGUUUUGGACAAGCGCUUGUCGGGGUCUUUUAAGGACGAAAUGAUUCAAGUCCUUCGCGUCGCCAUUCGCUGCACCUACAAGAACCCGGCCCUCCGACCAACCAUGAAAGAAGUGGUUCAGUUGCUGAUUGAGGCUGAUCCAUGCAAAUCAUUCGAUUUCCCCAAGUCGUCCCAAAAGAUUGCCAAUAAUGACAACAUCAACAAUAAAGACACAUCAAAUGUCACUACGAAGAUAAAGAAUCACUUUGAAUUAUGAUCAUUUUUGCGCGGCACAUAAUUAUACUUCGG